AUGGCGCUAAAAAGAGUCAAAGCUAGUGGUGCCUGCAAUCGUAAGGAGGCAAAAAAAAAGAAGGAAAAACUUAAUGAAGUUAUAAAAAAAACAAACAAAAUAAAUACCAUGUUUAAACAAAGAGAAGAGCAUAGUGAGAACCAUGGUAGCUUGGACAAUGUUGAUCACAAUAUAAAUGAGCCUCCCUCAGUUGAAGCUGUUGUUACAAGUGAAGAACAUGAUAUUAAUUACUCUGAAGUGUUAGAAAUACCAGGUGAGCCUCCCUCAGUUGAAGCUGUUGUUACAAGUGAAGAGCAUGAUAUUAAUUGCUCUGAAGUGUUAGAAAUACCAGGGUCAGAUCCAGCUGAAUGGAAAAUAAAUUCAUGUACUAUUGAUUACAUAUGUAAAAAUGGAUUUAGCCAAAAUUUAGAUUCUAGUUUUAGUCAAUCCAAACGAAUUUACCAGUCAGUUCGUAGAGGUUCAUUCAGAAAUAUCAACCGUUAUGUAAAUAAAAGUUUUUUUGAAACAGUUUUAGUCAAUGGUAAGAAAUGUCCAAGAAAAUAUCUAGUUUAUUCACAAUCUAAGGGUUCAGUUUUUUGUGUUCCUUGCUAUUUAUUUAAUAAUACUUCUGCAUUUUCAAAAAAUGGUUUCUCGGAUUGGAAAAGGCCAAAAUCAAUAGACAAACAUGAAAAUUCACUUUCACAUAAAACAUGUGUGGUAAAAAUGAAAAAUAGAUCUUCUGAAUUGAACAAUGUUAAUGAAGUGCUUACAUUUCAAUUAGAAACAGAAAAAAUAUAUUGGAAAAAUGUGCUCACAAGAGUUUGUGCUGUUGUCAAAUCGUUAUCUAGUCGAGGUUUACCUUUUAGAGGUGACAAUGAGAAUAUUGGUUCGCUGCACAAUGGAAAUUUUUUGAUGUGCCUUGAAAUGAUCGCAGAAUUUGAUCCUUUUUUGGCUAAUCAUUUGGCAAACUAUGGUAAUCCUGGGAAAGGUUAUACUUCUUACUUGUCUCAUUCAACAUAUGAACAAUUUAUCAAGUUAAUGGCGACUAAGGUUCAAAAUCAAAUAGUUGAAGAAGUCAUUAAUGCGCAAUAUUUCUCCAUUGUUAUAGAUUCAACUCCAGAUAUUGCACAUGUUGAUCAACUAUCUUUUAUACUAAGGUAUGUUAACAACAAAGGUUUACCUGUAGAAAGAUUUUUAUGUUUUUUAGAAAAUGUUGGACAUAAAUCUCAGUGCAUGGCUGAUACUGUGUUUUCUAUCUUAAAAAAAUAUAAUAUUGAUAUUGCAUAUUUGAGGGGUCAAUCAUAUGACAACGCAAAGAAUAUGUCUGGUAUUUACUCGGGUCUCCAGGCUAGAAUUUAA